UUGAGGAGGUCACUCCACACCUCUGCCGAGCUAUGGAUGUGAUUUCUCCGUGGAUUAUGCGCCAGUUGAUCGUCAAUCGCGCUGCCGGUAAGAAUGGAAAUUAUCUGCUCCGAAUCUGGACGCACAUCGUCGUCGCGAUCCUCUUCCGGCAGUGAUUGCUCCAAACGCGAUUGCUACGUCUCCCUGAAGCACUACGACUGCCUCCUUGGGGAGCUUCGGUGUCCAGGAUGUGCGCGCCCCAUGCACGCACCGAUCCUUCUCUGCCAAUCUGGGCACAGUGUGUGCCAGGAGUGUGUUCGUGUGCAAAAGUGGUGCCCUCUGUGUGGGCAGGAAUUCACGGAGAUUCGCUCAAUGACGCUGGAGGCCCUUUCGGCGAAGGCUUACUUUGCCUGCAAGAACACCCUGUACGGAUGCACCGUUCGCCUGCCCUAUGACCUCAUGAAGUGGCACAAACCACGAUGCUUGUACCAAACUGGCUCAUGCUUCAUGGGAACCGUCUGGAGUGGUUGUAGCUGGCACGGACGCAAAAUGGACUACCACGAUCACUGCGCAACAGUCCACGCUGAGAGAUUCUUCAGCGUGCCCGAAGCUGAACUCUCGUGGAUGUGCUCAGUUGCAGCAGCAGCACCGAAAGAUGCACCAACAAAAUCCGUUGUUGGGGUCUACAUGUUCAGCACUUUUGAGGAAGUUUUCGAUCUCUAUCAUGUGUACGAUCGCACGGGAGCUCAGUGCCUCUGGACGAUGAUUUGUGAGUCAAAAGAGAGGAAGAUCAGCAAUAGUUUUGCCUUCCAAAUUGAACUCUUCUGCUUGAAAGAUCCAUCGCGGCUACUCAUCCAACGGCACUCAUGCCACGGAGAGCGCGAUGACGAUCUCCUCGAUGAAGCUCACUGUGUCUCAAUCUCCAUGGGGGACAUUAUGAGAUUCACAGGAGACGACAAGAAAGUUCAUUACCGAAUCAAAAUUCUGGAUUUACGCGACUGCCAACCAAAUCAAGCUAAUCCACAAUCAGCUCCUCUGGCCAUUUGUGAAUCCUGCACCCCUGAUGAAAGAACUCCUGCUGGAAUUGAAUGCACCAACCUCAAAUGCGUCCCCAUGUCUAAUAUCAUCACCAAAAAAUCCUCACGGAAGCUCCAGAAAAACAAAAUGGCCGCUGAGAAAUCUUCCCGUUAUGUGAAUGGAACAGCGACAGAAAUCACCACGAGGGCAUCUCCAGACGGUAGUUUGGCCAGUCUGGACUUUGCGGAAGAUCAAAUACUCAUUAAAAACGCAACGCAGGUUAAUGUGGUGAAGACGAAGACCAUUGACGUCAGCAAGCGCGAUUUGAAGGGGAUCUUCGAUCGGGAAUUCCAAUCGUUGAAGAUAAAAUAAAAAGACGCCUUCUUAUCAUUCUUUGCUGGCGGUUUCUUUAUUUAUUUGUUUAAAAAAAAAACUCACAGCGUGUAAUCUUCCGGAUGAUAGAGCUCACUCAGCAACCGAUAGACGUAAGACGGUGCAUUUCCUCCCCUGAAAGAUUUGAUAAAAAAUAAACAAAAUGCUCAAAAAUGAA